GUAGUUUGUUAUCGUUACAGCGCAAUAUACAGAAUGAGUAGAUCAGACAAGUAUGAAAACGUGCGACAUGUGUACAGAUUACUGAAAGAAAAAGGAGAUAUAGACAAGAUAAAAUCUCAAAUCAGGUCAAAGCUGAUACUGGGGUUUGGAUCUUUGGAUAAUUCAAUAACAAAGUUUGACACUGAAACCACUGAUCGAAAUAUAAGAAUGGCGAAUUGCCUAGUUGCAGAUCAUCUGAAGAUUCACGGGUAUGAUUACUCUCUGAGUGUUUUUCUGCCAGAAAUUGGGCUAACUAAUUUCGAGUUAGAAGAAUUCAUUAAAGAUAUUUCGCAUCUCAGGCCAUAUAGUUGUUUUGAAGGCCGUGAAAGACUGGUAUUACGGUAUAUAUUUCACCCAACUUGUUCUAUUUUAGACGAGUUUUUACAAAGAGUCCUAUUCAUUAUUAGUGUCGAUUCUGAAAGCCUAUGAAGAUAUCUCCAGUCUUUCAAAAGAACAUAAAGCUAUCCAGACAGUUGAAAUAGAUGGUUCUGAUUUAGGUAACGUUAUGAAUGAUGUUUAGUAUUUACUAGUAAAUAGGGGCAGCUGCCCCUCCAAAAGUUGAACCCUAUUGUUUUAUUAUUACUUGUGUGAGAAUUGAUAUAUCAAACGUCGUACUCAGAAUAAAAGGGGUAUUGCAGUUGUUAACCGUAAGUAUUUUACAAGUGAACGGAAGUCCCAAAAACCCAGAAUAGGUGCUCGAUUAGGAAUGUUAAUUUAACAUUAGGAAAUAAAUUUUCAUACUCGGCAUAUGAGUAAUUUUAGCUUACUUAUUCCACUAAGCACACAUAUUUAUGCGGAAUUUUCGUGGAAAAGAAAUUCUUAUUCAGGCACAAAAGCAUGGGUUUGGCGAAUACAUAAAAGAAGCAACUUUAUUAGUGCCAUAUCAUAGCUAACAAAGAUAUGGAAGUGAGAAAAAUAGUAGUGAGAGCUCCUCAGAAAUAUGGUAACCGAUCUAUAAUUUGCUUGAAUGCGUUUCUUGAACCUUUGGCUCAGACUCAUUUCAAACUAAAAGUGUCAAACUAAAAUAAUGGGGAAGUUGAUUGGGUUUAGUAUUCAGUAGUGAAGAAAGAAGGUCAGGUAUUAUAUGUUAUGAUGAAGAACUCCAAUAGUUCACCACUCGAUAGGGAAAACAAAACUUUAGACGCGAACGCUUUGAUUUUGUCUUUUAGAGUUUCACAAUUCUCCUUAUCUUAUGGCCAGUCCGAGGUAGAAAAAGUUUAGACAUGUUGAUGCCGAUGACAUCGUUUAGUGUUUGACAAUCCAGUUUUGGGUUACUACAUAGCCUACAGUAGGAUAGUCAAAAUAGGUUGAUAGGUAAUUGUCGGUCUUUACAAGUAAGGUCAGAGACACCCUUCACAACUUUGUCCCUCGCCACUAAAUAAAUUUAAGCAUGUCCAAAUCAUAUUUAGAACAUGGAAUCGCUAUUGGAAUCCUAUAUUCUGAAUGAAGUCCCGUAAACUUCGGGCAUAAUAAACUUAAACGUUUUUCGUCUAAGUGAAAAUAAAAGAAUCGAGAAUUGUUCAUAAAACCUAAGAGUGUUUGAAGGUGGCUGCAUUGGAUACCCGUAGUCAUGAGAUCGUUGCUAAUUAUCACUCAUAUUUCUAUAACCAACGACUUCGGACAAUAUUAUUCAAUUUGUUGUGGAGUUAUGUAGGUCGUUCUAAUGACUGAUUUGCACCACUACAUUUAACCCAGAAUUUAUUCCUAACAGCCACUGGUUUGUUUACUCUCAUGAUGCAUUCAAGUCUUUCUGUGAUCCUAUCAGACCUAAUUCUCGUUCUUCUUUGUAUUUUAAAGUCACACAGUAGAGCGAAUAACUUCACAACAUCUCGCAAAUCAUUUACGUAAAGUGAAGAAGAAAAUUGUAAAGGAUUGUCUGUUGAGAGAAUUUACUCUUAGUAGAUUUUCAUAAUGUUAAAGCAACUUUCACUUUCACUAAUUGCUUUCUGUCAGUGAGAGAGCCAAUUAUUCCAUCUCCAACUCUAACUGAUUCCGAAAUAUUUUAGUCUAAUCUGAGACCUAGGUGGAAGACCUUGUCAAAGGCUUUGCUUAGAUUUAUGAAGACCACAAUGAUCAGAAUAUUUCUGUAUUUAAUUACAGUCCAAUCUUCUAUUGCUACAAGGAAACUGGCUAAGCAUGGAAGAUCUUCCUUAAAACUGUUUUUCUCGUGCUAAAAGAAUACCCCUUUCCAUGUGGCGUGGAAUAGUAGCCAAAACAAUUAUUUUUAGUAGUUUAACAUUUGUACUAGUUAUGCUGACUAAUUGGGUGAGUUAUUGACUGAAUAUUUACAAUCUGUUUUGAAGACCAGGCUAAUUAUUGCAUCCUUGUAGCCUAUUGGUGUUUUCGAUAGAUUCAAAGGUAUAGUAAUCAAAAUUACUUGUGGUUCUGCAGUCACAGCAGUCAGAACUCUCCCGUUUUGAGGAUGCAUACCAACAGAGUUACUCGACUUAUAUGAUUUUAGAUGUUGGAGUAGUCACAGAACAACUCUCUUCUCUAUAAAUACCGAACCAAUCAACAGUGCGCGAUUUUAAGAACUAAUGGCUGUUUUUUUACUGUCAGUGAAAAAUAAUAUCGCAAUAUUUUGACAAGGCUUCAACUUUAUUGAUUUUUUCAUGUCCCAAUGAAAAAAGAUAUUUCUGGGUCUGGAAUGCCAGAAAUUAUUAGUAUUAUUGUUCUGAAGAUUCAGGACUAGUCGUUUCCCACGGAAUAAUUUAGUUUUAUUUGCAAACAAUUUACAUGGAUUCUCAGCGUUAAAGUAAUUAGGGCUGAAAUGUCCAAAGCCUGUAGAAGUGAACAUAUUCAGUAUUCUCCUGCGUUUAAGGAGUUUCUUUAUCUCUUUUGUUGUACACAGUAGAGAGUUAUUAGGCCUUCUUUGCUAUGAGCGUGAUAUAAAAGUAGAUGUAACUAGGGUAACUGAACCUUUACGUAUGGACUAUGCCUCCUUAAUUGAUAAUCUAGUAUUAACCGACCAGUCUGUAGCUGCAGUAAACUAUUUGGUGGCUGAAAUGUUUGUUUGCCACACACUUGGACAAAAUAGAGCCUGACCAUAGAUUAUUCCACUAUCUCCAAACUUGAACGAUAAAACUACAUCAUUACCAUUUUGUAAGGGUGGAAGAGUGCUUAGACAGGUAAUAUCUUCAGCUUCAUCGGUGAUUACUGAAUCCAACAAGGAAGAUCCUUGGUUUGAACUAAAACACAUGGGUUAGGAUAUAUGCCGUACUUUACAAUAUAUAUCAGGUACAUCGAAGUCUAGUACCAUUAACCUUUUAGCUUCACUCAAGAGCUUAAUGUGUUCUCAAAUGAAAUCAUCAACUUGGAAGAUUGGAAUACGAAAGGUGAUACCUAGCGUAAAUGUAAAAUGUUCAAAAGUAAGUUCACAGCUAGCUAAUUCAUAAGUCCUAUUUUCACAAGACUCGCACAGAAAGGAAUGUAUGUGAAUAUUUGCAAUGCAUACGAGGACCCUCACUCCCUUAUGACAUAUUCCUAUCACUUUUUAGGUAUAUGUAUCCCAAUCGUUUGACAAAAUCAUUGUUAGUGAUUUUGUGAUUGCCAUCAUGAAAGUUUAGCACUACUCCAAAUAAUAAGAGAAAAAUAUCUUUCUUUUUUGGGUGCAUGUUACUUCAUUGAAUAAACAAAUUACAGGCCAUUUAAACGGAUAGUCACCAUGAUGUAAAGAGUGCAUGUCAAAUAUACAGUUAGGUUUGUGAAUACCAAACAAGGAUAGUUCUAUUCUAUGUAACAGGAAAGAUGAAAAUUCUCAAGUGACAUACUGAUAUUAGGAGGUAUAUAGAAUUAUAUGUAAAAAGUUACUAAUUUGAUAUAUGGUAGAAUUUUAUGAUUUGUUAUAAAGAGGAACCUGUAAUUUGUCAGAAUGAUCAGUACUAUGGUUAUAAAUCGUAUUAUCGAGUCAUGCAAUAUAAUUAAAUAAUGAAUACUCAGGAGAUCAAACUAUUGACGUAAGCUGAAAUGAAAAGAUAUCAGAAGAAAAGACAGAUACUCGGCAAAAGACUGUUUUUUCUCACGAAAUAACAUUUGUUAAAAAAUUACAAACACAAUUAAAAACGACUAAUAGUCAUUCAGUAAAUACUGACUGUAAAUCAUUUGCUCUGGUAUGGAACUAGUGCUUAAUUAUCAGGUUUAAUUCUUGCUUAGUCAUAACAUAACCAUAGUUUUAUAAUAAUUAUUGGGCAAGUACACACAAACUAAAGAUAUGCUUUGUUUUCAUUUUGUGCACAAAGAUCACAGGUUAAACAAUAUUAAUAAAGAAUAUGAAGCAAUGAAGUCAUUAGAGAUUUUGCAUGCAAAACAGUCAUUUGAUGAUCGUUUGGAACAAUAUAAGAGUGAAAUAAAUGAGCGAAGUCAAAUAGAAAUAGAGAAACAGAUAUCAGAGUUUCGUCAAAAUGAAUUGAACUCGUUAAAAUCGGAAUUGGAAGAAGAAUUUCAAAAACGUCUACUUCAAAAUACACAGCGAUUGCAAGAAGAAUUUGAACUUCGCUAUCAGUCCCUCAAUGAGCAAGAGGUGCUGCUUAGAGAGAAGUACAGUCUAUUUCAACAAAAAGAGGAGCGUGAAGCAUUUGUUAGACGUCAAGCCUUGCAAGCUGAAUUAGACGUUAUCCAGUUGGUGAAGACACAAUUAGAUCAAGAAAAAAUCCAAAUAGAUAAUGAUAAAUUACAGUUACAUAAAGAUUAUGAGAAAAAUGAAUUAGAACUUAAAAAGCGUGAAAAUCUUUUAGAAAUAAGAGAAAAAACAUUAGAAAGUGAAAUUCAUGAACAUGUAAACCAAAUUCGUAUGGAAGAUGAAAUUAAACUAAUGAAACAACGUAAAGAAUUAGAAUUACAGUCUAUUCAACUCUCAGAAAAUCAGAAAAUGCUUGAAGAUAAAUUGAAAACAGUUGAACAACUUAAACAGGAAUUGUUAAAACAACAAAACAAAUUCACAGAAAUGGAGAUUGUAGGUUAUGAUACUAUUAAAACACAGAAUGAAGUGUUCAAAGCUGAAAUCUCGAAUUUACAAAAACAAUUGAAAAACUCUUUAACUGAACUAGAAGAACAAAAACAAAUUGCUGCGUCGGCAACAACAGAAUUAAGUGUACUCAAAGUUGUUAAACAAGAGACUGAAAAACUAAUGAACACGUUGAAUAAUGAUCAUACUGUAAUCAUUCAAGAAAAAUUUACAUUACAAAGGAAAUUAAAUGAACAAAAAAAUGAAAUAUGCGAACUAAUGGAACGUCUUAGUUCAUAUGAAGGUGGAAAUAAACAGAAUCAUGCACAAACUACUGAAGUUUCCUCUGUGGGUCAUUGGUCUACAGUAAAUCAGAAUCUAAACAAUCCGCAAAUACUAACUGAAGCUGAACGUCGUUCAAUUUAUGAAGAAUGCAAUCUUUCUAUUUCGAGUGACCUAAGUCAUGAAAGUUUGAUUGAUACUAAGAAGUCUGGAAAGUCAUUCACUGUACCUAUUCAGUUGUCAACCGAUUCCAAAUUUGAUCAUUGGUCAAAGCGUUUAGAAUUAUCACGUCGGCGUAUGACACAAUUACAAUUAGUUAAUGAAGAGUUUGAUUCAAUUUAUGAAGAAUGGAAAUCAGUUGAUUUAAAAGAAUUUUUAUCGAAAAUCCAUAGUGAUUUACCGAGUUUUCUAAAUGAAUUAAAUCAACCAAUUAAAUUGAAAGAAGACAACUUAUCUGACCAAAUAGUCAUGAUAAAUAAAGAUACUAAAUCCGAUCCUGUGAAGGAACAACCUGUUAAUUGUAACACAUCUUUCUCCCUGAAACUUGACAAUGACCACAAUUAUAAUCCAGUUUCUACACCCCCAAUCCAUCAUAAUCCUCAUGAUCAACAAGUUGAAAUGAAUCCAUGUCAUGAGAAUGAAUAUCUAGCCUCAUAUACUAAAGCUAACUCAGAAUCAAAGAAUGUGAAGAUAGGAUUUGAACAGAAUAAUCAAAAUGCACAAAUUCAUUCCAGUGCAAGAAUUAUACCUGAUUUUUCAGCCAGUUCAUCCAGCAUAGACACACCAAAAUCAAAGAAAUUAGAGUUAAAAAAAUCCUCCAAUGAAACAUUAAGUAUAAGUUCUCAUAAGCCUAUAAAAUCAUCUUCAACUGUUACUCAUCAUAGUUUUAAGAAGUCAUCAAUUGAUCACCUUUCAAGUUAUAGAUCAAAAAGUGUACUCUCUACAGAAUCAAUAUCUCAAGCAGAAUCCGCUGAGUCCAAAACUUCAAGAAAUUCUCAAACUAAUUCAUUAGCCAACGAAAUGUUGAACCAUACUAUUUCAUGUCAAUUUAACAAGAAUGAUAAUGAAAAUAAAUCUGUGUGUAGUGAACAAGAUAAUAAUGAAAACGAAGAACAAAAAGAAUUCUUUAAUUCAAAUCAGACUAAUCUCAAUGACGAAAUUGCAAAUAAUAAUCAUAAUAAUGAUACUAUUGAAAAUGGGUUUCCGUUACUUCUGGAAACCUCACGUUAUGAAGGUUCACUGAAACAGUGUUCACUGGGUAAUGAUGAUCAGAACAAACCUAUAUCCAAUGAGAAUACCUCACCAACAUCACGCCAUACAAUAACAAAACAAACUGAUUAUAAUGGUUUAAUGGAAAAAUAUUUAAAGCUUAGUUUAAAUACUAGUUCUAAAUCACCGGUGUCUAAUACAUGUAAUGAAGCAGUGAACGGAACUAGGAUAACAAAUGGAUAUCAUUCACCUAGUUCAAAAGAAAAACCCUUAUGGUUCGAGAAUGGACAUCAUUUUAGUUCUAGUGAAUCAGAGAUUAUCAGUUUGAAUAAUGGUAAAACUAAGUGUCAUUUUACACCAGGAAAUUUCAACAAAGAUGAAUUAAUUCCAAAUGACGUUGAUAUCGACAGUGGUUCAGAUUACAUUUGGUAGGAACGCCUUUGAUUUUGUUUUCCAUUCUAUAAAUAAUUAUAUUCACAUGAUUGAAUUUUACUUUAUCUUAUGUAUGCAUCAUUCUCUUAAAAGACUAUAUCCUUGUUAUUAUUUUAUCUUAUAAAAUAUGCCGGUUAUUUUAGUUUAUUGAAAUUUUUUAAUUUGUGAGAAAUAAAUUCAAACAAAAAUCUUUUGUAAAUUAUCAUUUUGUAAUGAAGCCUAAUUAUAAAGUUAUACAAUAACAGAACGGAAUUUUAAAGUUGAAUACUUAGUUCUUAUCAGUUUAUGUGAUUUUAUGUAGUAAAUAAUAAUCAUUUUGAAAAUACAAAAUUUCAGAUG